ACGGUAACUGUCGAUAAAUCACAUUGCAAAAGUCAACUACUUCGAUACCAAAGGCGAUAAGUAAAUAAAUCGCUUGGAUAGUGCCUAAAUUUCGACAAACGCGUUUCGUUUUGUUAUUUUUGUGGAAAAGGCAUUUGCAAAAUUCUUGAAGGCAUUUUGCAUAUGCGAGGUCAAUGAAUAAUUUUGCUUGAUCAGCAGCAAAAUGUGCGAUGCCGAUAACUUAAAGCUGAGCCACCAACAACUGCUGCAGGAAAUCAAAACGCUGCUGGCAGCCGGCGCCGAGCCAUGCGAUACAAAUGCCUUGAGACUGAACCAGGAGCUGCAGCGGCAGCUGGAGCAGGUGCGCCGACGUAUGCUGGAACUUUUGGAGCUAGUACGUGCUCGCUACAAACGCAACGAGCAGAUACUAAUACGCCGUCAGAAACCGCGCUCAGCGAACGGCGGCGAAAGCGUUGGCCAGAGCGGCGCAGUUCUGCGCGGCGGAACGUUUCGGUUCAAGGGCAAUCUAUAUUUUCGGGAUGUGGACGGACGGAGUUGUCCCAACAAUGAGGACUAUGAGAGCCGUUGCGGCAGCGAAAUGUUUCCCACCGAUUUCGAUAUGCGCUCCAAGCACGUCUGGACGGUGCUGGACAAGAAAAACGUGGUCAUGGGUAUUAAGCAGCAGCUGGUGGACCAUGCUAAUUACCAGACCAAGGCAGCAAAAGCCGCGUCCAGCCACGAGCGCAAACGCAGGGGCAUCGAUCUACACGUACAAACGGUAGCCAGUUUGUUAGAUGCCGCCGAUAGCAGCUUCAGCAUUGAUUGGAAUCAGAUUAGUACACUGGAUCUAGAGCAUCGUCACUCGUCAUACAGCUGUGAGGCCAUGUGGUUGGUUUACUUGCAGCCACAGCUUAAACGCGACGAAUGGACGACCGAGGAGGACAAUGCUCUGCUUUCGGCGGCCAAAGCCCAUAAACUGCAAAACUGGCAAGCCAUCGCGGCUGCAGUGCAUCAACGUUCCGACUAUCAGUGCUUUGUGCGCAUGCAGACAACUCUGCGCUUUCAUAUGGAACCAACGAAUGCUCUCCGAUGGGGGCAUGAGGAUAAUGCACGUUUGCGCGCCGUUGUCGCACAGAAUACGGUGAACGGAUUGACCGACUGGUCCCAGGUGGUUGAACAUUUUCCGGGUAGAUCACGAUCCACAUUAAUUGGACGCUAUAUGUAUGUGCUGCAUCCCAGCAUCAGUCACGCGCCCUUUACGCCCAGUGAGGAUCUGAUGCUAUUCGCAGCCGUUGAGGAAUACAAUGGCAAAUUUAAUUGCUUUCCGCGGACACUGUUUCCCAAUCGUUCGCUGGCCCAACUGCGCACACGCUAUAACAACGUGUUGGCACAGCGCAAUAAAACGGAUCCUUGGUCCAUGGAGGAUGACACCAAAUUGAUGAGCUUCGUUACCGAGCACGGCACCUCACAGUGGGUUAAGUGCGCCAGCCAUUUGGGCAAUCAUACGCGCACCAGCUGCCGCACACGCUUUCUGGUCAUCAAGCGGUUUCUCGAGCAGAAUCCGCAGGCGACGGUGGCUGACAUACCACGUCGAAAAACCCACAAAAAGACUCAAGUAACCGCCGAGAAUUGGGCACAACGUUUGCAGGAAUGGCAAGCGGAUCCAGAUUCACUCCUCAUCAAUCCCACCCAGAAGCCAAAGCCAAAGAAACCCAAACUGGACUCGAACGUCAAUGGCAAUUGUUUGGUGCCAUUGCACGGCAUGGAUUUACACGUCUACGAGUACUUUAAGUAUUCCUAUAAUCUGCAACUGGAUGCGCCGCAGGCGCCAAUGCCGUUGCCACGCAACGAACGUAAUCUGUUUGUGGUGGCCAAUGCGCUGCGCUUUAAGCCACCAGCGGAUGCUGUCCUGUUCGUCCAGAGCAUUGCACUGACCAAGCAGAUGAAUCGAUGCUAUAGCAAAAUGUUUCGUCAAUUGCCGGCAUUGGAGGCAAGUCAAUCGGCUGGGCAACCAUUGAUGCUGCUGCCACCUAACUGGUCCACAAUGAUGGGCUUUCGUGCCAUAUGCAUCCUAUCCGUGCAUUGUCGCAAUCAUGCCAAGAUUGCGACCGACCUGAAGCCAGCCAUCAGCUAUGACGAAUCUCAGCCGGCGGUGCAGCUGUUUCGGCAACGUUUACGCACUCUCUUUUAUUACACAACGCUUCUCAGUCGCCUGGAGCCGCCAUCGUUUGAGCAGCUGCCAGCGGCAUUAACGUCAAUGCCGCGUCCAAUUAUAAAUUAUAGCUGCUCAAAGAGCUCAGUGCCGCCACCGCCGCCGGCGCCGCAGCCAGACAAAGAUUUGAGCGGCGUGAGCAUUCAGGAAUUGGCGCGCAGACAGAUUGAGGAAUUGGAUGGCAUAAAGCUGUCGAGGCAGCGUUUGAAAACUGUGUUUAAAGAUGAGCUGAACGUUAAACAAGAGCUGAAUUUCGAUUAGAUAAGACAAAAAUAUUAACAU